UAUGGCUUAUAACAGUGAUUUUUAAGAUUAAGGACAAUAUGAUCAAGAAGAGUUUGCAAUGAAGAUGCCAGUGAAGAGUCACUUACAAAGAUUGGAUGUAAAUAGAUUUAUUAAUUGUAGUAAUUGUUGCAAUAAUAAAUGGAUGAAUUAGAUAUGGCAAAGAAAGAGAAGGAACAAUUACGUAAUAAUUUGAUUGAAUUAUCAUAAAUUACAACAGAUUCAUUUGAUGAUUCAAAUAAAUACUUAAAUGAAGAGUAUUAAAGAUUGAUGUAGGAGUUUCAUGAGUAAAAUGCAUUACAAUUAGAAUAACAUUAAUUCUUAAAACAAUAAGUGGAUUAAAUCAAUUAAGAUAGAAUCAAAUUGCAAUAAAAUACUAUUGUACUUGAGAAUAGAGUUUAAGAUUCAGAAAAAGAAUUGGGAUUUGUUUGA